AUGCGAAUUCGUCGAAGUGUCGUCCCCCCUAUCCAAGAUACCUCUAUAGAGGAAGCGAUAAUCAGGGUGGCGGUAUUUGUGUGUGAACCACCGCUUCAUCGCAUAGUCCUCAAUAACCCCCCUCCGUCCCUUGCUCAAUUGGUGCACACCGUUCUUUCUGAGAAUUAUCCCGAAAUUCCUGUUAUUGCGGCUUCAGCCUCAGACGUCUCCCAGGCACUAGCCAAAUAUCAGUACCUGAAAUCAUGCCUUCAGGGCAAAUCAAGGCGGCUGGCCUCUGGAUUCAUCAUUCCUCUGCCUAUCUGCAUUGCCUCCCCCGCAAGUGUUGCCAUGCCCCUGGGAGAUCGACCUGGUCUUGUUGCAUGUCCCAAAGAAAGGAUCUUCACCAGUUCAGUUGACAAUCAGGCUACUGCCACAGUGCGACUCUUGUUGGGCGACAACCCUCUCGCAAAGGAUAAUCUUAAACGGGGUGUCGUUAUUUUGGAAGGAUUGAAACCAAUGCCAAAAGGUGUUGCUCUCAUCAAAGUCUCCGUAGAUAUGCCCACCCUAGAUGGGUUUCUCGACAUGAUAACGAUGAUGGUGGAGCAACUGGCAGACGAUGAAGAAACAGCCCCUCCAUUGGUGAGCAAGAUGUUCAUUUUCCCACAUUUCUUUCGUGAGGUCGGGAUGGUGGAGGAGAGGUACUCGUAUGACCCAGAACUUGAACAUGAGUACGAUGAGGCCCAGCCAGAACUUCCACCCUGA